GUACGCCUGGGGAACGCACCGCCUUUGGGACUCCCCACUCGAGUCAUCUUUGGGAGCUCUCAAAGUGCCGCCCGCGCGGUUAGUUAACGCCCGCCUGUGGAGGGUCCCCCAGCGCGUGGGCUCCAGGUCCUCGAGGUUAUCCCGCCACUUCGCAAGGGACUUGGGGCCCGGGAGCUGCGCUGCUGCCUCGUCGGACGUUGUGCUAGUUGCGAGACAGUAGGCAGCAUUCUCUGAUGACUUCACUUCAGUGGUGAUCGUUGCUCUGGCCCAUAGAACUCUGUGCCACAAUGGACAUAUUCUGUACUUUGCUGUUAAGUAGGGCAGCCACCUGCCACACGUCGAGCAUUUGACUUGUGACUGAAAAAACAAAUUUUAAACUUUAUAUAACUUUUUAAAUUAAGUUUUAAAUUCACAAGUCGAGAGUGGCUACCAUGUUAGAUAGGACAGAAAGGAUAUGGAAACUGAGUUGCUGAUUUAUGUUUAUGGUUAGGUAGUUUUCUGAGACGAUCAGUAUCAUUAGUGGAGUAAAUAAACAUCAUCGUAAUUAAAUGUCUGUGUUUUGCUGUUAAUCAGUUUUAAGCCGAGAAAUCUUCAGCUUGGGUCCUUUACCUCAGGGUGGGUUCUUCUGAACAAGUGAUUUUGGCUCUGGAGAAAGGUGAUUUCUGUUAUUCCUUUCCUGUCCAGGAUGUAGGAAUGACGUUUAACAUUUAAAGAAAAUCAAGGCAUUGCCGUCAUUUCUUCUAAUCAGACAAUAACAUACCGGCCCUUUGGAGCAGUGUCCACACUUUUUCAAGUAGAAUAGAGAUACUUCGAAAAGAUUAAAUACUAAGUAUUUAUUAAAAUUUAAUCCACAGCACCCAGUAAGUACAGUAUUUUAAUUUUUGGACGGGAGGCUGAAGUUCUCCCUUGCUUCUUGAAUAUUUUUUUGUUGAGAAAGCCUGUGUCUGUGGUCAGCUGCUUAACCCAAAUCCUCAGGAGAAAUCCUUAGAAUAUGAAAAACAUACCCAUUCUUGUGAUUCUGGGCAUAGCUAGCUGUGUGGAUAGUAUCAGGUUCUUGGGGUGGAGAGGAAGGAGUUGUUGGGGAGUUAUGAAUUCCCAGAGGAGAUGGAUCUGGUGGAAAUAUGACUGGACUCUACUGGUUCCCAGCAGCUUGGUUCUCGAUGGAAAUCAUAUGACGUAGAAUAUUUGGGUGACAUCUUCCUGAAAGAUUUCCAAGAAUAACAGAAGACAAAAACACUAAUGCAUUUGAAAAAGUGGUAAUAUUUGGGGAGAGGGGAAAAAACUGCUUUCUUGAUCUGCAACUUGACUGGAUGCUAAGAUGUCUGUGGACAUGAAUAGCCAGGGAUCUGACAGCAAUGAAGAGGACUAUGAUCCAAAUUGUGAGGAGGAGGAGGAGGAAGAGGAUGAGGACCCUGGGGACAUAGAGGACUAUUAUGUGGGAGUAGCCAGCGAUGUGGAACAGCAGGGUGCUGAUGCCUUUGACCCUGAGGAGUACCAGUUUACCUGCUUGACCUACAAGGAGUCCGAGAGUGCCCUCAACGAGCAUAUGACCAGCUUAGCCUCUGUCCUAAAGGUAUCUCAUUCAGUUGCUAAACUUAUAUUAGUUAAUUUCCACUGGCAAGUCACAGAGAUAUUGGACAGAUACAAGUCUAAUUCUGCACAACUCCUUGUUGAAGCUCAAGUUCAGCCCAAUCCAUCAAAACAUGUCCCCACAGCCCAUCCCCCUCACCAUUGUGCAGUGUGUAUGCAGUUUGUACGGAAAGAAAACCUACUCUCUUUGGCCUGUCAGCACCAGUUUUGCCGCAGCUGCUGGGAACAGCACUGCUCAGUACUUGUCAAGGACGGCGUGGGUGUUGGAGUCUCUUGCAUGGCUCAAGACUGCCCACUCCGAACACCAGAGGACUUUGUGUUUCCGUUGCUGCCCAAUGAAGAACUGAGAGACAAAUACAGGCGCUACCUCUUCAGGGACUAUGUGGAGAGUCACUACCAGCUCCAGCUAUGCCCUGGUGCAGACUGCCCCAUGGUUAUCCGGGUACAGGAGCCCAGAGCUCGCCGAGUGCAGUGUAAUCGGUGCAAUGAGGUCUUCUGUUUCAAGUGUCGUCAGAUGUAUCACGCCCCCACAGACUGCGCCACAAUCCGGAAAUGGCUCACGAAGUGUGCAGACGACUCUGAAACAGCCAACUACAUUAGUGCUCACACUAAAGACUGUCCCAAGUGCAACAUCUGCAUUGAGAAGAAUGGAGGCUGCAAUCACAUGCAAUGCUCAAAGUGUAAACACGACUUCUGCUGGAUGUGUCUAGGAGAUUGGAAGACUCAUGGCAGUGAGUACUAUGAGUGCAGUCGGUACAAAGAGAAUCCCGACAUUGUCAACCAGAGCCAGCAAGCCCAAGCCAGGGAAGCCCUAAAGAAGUACUUAUUCUACUUUGAGAGGUGGGAAAACCACAACAAGAGCUUGCAGCUGGAGGCACAGACAUACCAGCGGAUUCAUGAGAAAAUUCAGGAGAGGGUCAUGAAUAAUCUGGGGACGUGGAUCGACUGGCAGUACCUACAGAAUGCUGCCAAGCUCUUGGCCAAGUGUCGAUACACCCUGCAGUACACCUACCCAUAUGCAUACUACAUGGAGUCUGGACCCAGGAAGAAGCUGUUUGAAUACCAGCAGGCUCAGCUGGAGGCUGAGAUUGAGAACCUGUCAUGGAAGGUGGAGCGUGCAGACAGCUAUGACAGAGGGGACUUAGAGAACCAGAUGCACAUAGCAGAACAGCGGAGGAGAACCCUGUUGAAGGAUUUCCAUGACACCUAGAUUAAAUCAAGAAUGUACCGGAGUGAGGAAGAUGUGGCUGCGAGGUCUCCCGACUGCCAUACUGCAUGCUGCAGGCUCUGCCUUUCACGACCCAGGCAACGGCCAGGGCCCCACUCCUGAGAGACACUGGCCACACACCUCUUAGUUGAUUUCUGUUUUCUUCUCAUCUUUUUGCUUUUUGUUUCUACCAGGGUAGAGGCCAUGUUGAAUUGGCAUCUUUUCAGGACUUUAUUCCCCCUGGAUGGUUGGGAGGGAGGGAAAGAUUUUCUGAAUGACUAUUAAUAGCAUUAGAUCAUUACAACUUAUAUAAUUUUCAAUGGUUGUACAAUUAUACAAAAA